GCUCAGCCACCAGUCCGGCACCCUUAGGAGUGCAGUUCAGGUCCCUGUGCUCCACUCAGAAGCUGGCUCCAGGGCCAAUUAGCAGAGGGCAUGUUGCCCUGCCCUUAACAUACCGGCAUGGCUGGCCAGCUGCCCGACUGGCUUCUUCUACACGAGAACCCCGGGCCUGGGCGCACCCCCGCCUGCUCUGCGGACUGCUCUCCGGCCACAUGCGCACCGCCGCGCACCCAGGACCGGCUCCCUGCCGGGAGCGGGACUCGCCCCCCGCCCCCGUCAGCUUUAGGACCCGGGAGACGCUCCGGCCCGGGCCGGGGAGAGCACUUGACACGGUUUCCAUAGCUGCAAAGGCAGCUGCUGCCUUAAGGGAAACUAACCAGGCUUGCCCCGAAGUUGGCCCGGCCGCCCCAGGCUCCGGCCACGGCUCCGCAGCGGGGGCGGCUGCCCUGAGGCGGGCGGCAGCGGCCAUGACUCCCCCGGCCUGCGCGGUGUGUCUCCGGCAGAUGAACUGCUAUGGCAGGAAGUUAAGGCGGACAGGACCUGAACAGCUGAACAGUAGAAAUGACUUGGUUUCUCCACCCCAGCAUUCCAGGGUGAACGGCUGGUCUUUACCACUCCACACCUUUCAGUUUGUUGCUCUGCUGUUUUACACAUACCUGGCCAUUGUAGGGUUUGGGAUCUACAUACCUUUGCUUCCCCAUGGAUGGAAAUAUGCUGCCUAUGCUGUGAUCGGUGUCCUUUUUGCGCAUCACUUAGUUGCUCACCUUGUUGCUAUCACCAUUGACCCAGCAGAUCAUAAUGUGCUGGCUAAGAAAAACUACAGCAGCCCCAUGCCAGUCUUUGACAGAGGCAAGCACAAGCACGUCAUUCAGAACCAGCACUGUUAUCUCUGUGAAGUUGACGUAGGGCCAAAAGCCAAACACUGUAGUGCCUGUAAUAAGUGCAUUGCGGACUUCGAUCACCACUGUAAGUGGCUCAAUAACUGUGUGGGAGGCAGAAAUUACUGGUUUUUCUUCAAUGCUGUUGCCUCUGCUGUACUGGGUGUCUUCCUCCUGAUACUGGUGAUCCUUUAUGUCUUCAUCCAGUACUUUGUGAAUCCAGCACAACUACGCACAGCACCUCAGUUUGAAAGAGUCACUGGAAACAACACAUGGUUGGCCUUUCUUCCUGUUGCUCCUGCGGAGACUGCAGCAGCUGGAAUCCUGACUAUAGCGGUGAUCACUGUGCUCCUGGGAAUUGCAUCGCUCCUGCUACUGGGACACUUGUUGAUAUUUCAUCUUUACCUCUUGGGUAAGAAGCUGAGUACUUUUGACUAUAUCACAGAGCAGCGACGCACACAGAAUACCAGGGACCCGGAAAGUGAUGUGGAAGUGACAGAAAAUACAUCUGUCAGAAUGGAUCCCCUACAGGAUUUGUCUUUAUCAAGUCCACAAAAGGAGUGUGAGGUUUCAGUUUCAUCUCGAUCUGGUGCUCUACGGUAUCAGGAAACUGGACAGCUCUCCAUUAAAUACCCAAGUGUCAUAUGUACUGAAGCAUCUGAUAUUGCUUCCUUUACCAAUUUGUCUCCUGGUCCAGAGACUGUGCCAAAAAGGACUAAAGAAACUCUGUGUGAGAAUAUUCAUCAGAACAAGGAAAUAAGUGAUACUGAAAUGGCAGACUUUGGAGACUCACAGUCUAACUGCAACCAGUCGUUAGAGGAAUCUCACUGGGGAAGUCUUGGCUCCAUGAAGCAGAUCCCAUCUCCGCGAAAUCUCCAUGAAGAAUCCACAAGGAACAGCACUCUUCUAGUGUGUUCUGUGAAUGCAAACACUUUGGCCAUCUCCGAUCAGAUCUAGUUUAAAAAAAUGCUCCUGUCAACUCAAAUCCCUGCACAGACACUGGAAUAAAGAGGGACAUUUUCUGGCAAGUAUUUUGUUCUCCUGAGAUACCAAACUAGAUGGUCUGAAGCUGCACUGGCUUUCAGUUCAUUUCCAGAUGCAGCUCAGUGGGUUGGCUUAGUUUAAUCCUGUAUGGUUUGAGUUUGAUUAUCUGUGUCCCUGUGCUCCAUCCUGAUAGUUAAGAUCAGCUGAUUGACAGUAUUAUUAUUAUUUUUUCUACUACAGGAACAUAAUCAGGAUCAGGGGCACAUUGUGAUACAAGGUUUGUACGUCUAGGGCUGGUGAGGGCAUGUUUGUAAAAGAAGACCAUCCCCUCCCCCCAAUUUGUAGUAUUGUGAAUUCCAACCAUUCAAAAACCGUGAACCAGAUGCCAAAAAAUCAUGAUAUUUUAAAAAUAUUACAUUUUGCAUUCUAUUUAUUUGCCUUCAGGUUCUUGAGCUUUUAGGUUUCACAUUUUCAAGCUUUUCUCUGCAAUCAGAGGGCUAGAAACAAACUUCUAAAAUGCAAGCUGAGAUUCUCACAUACUCGCAUGUCUCCAGGAGCUCAUGGUUUCAAAAUAACUCAUUUAAUGAACAACAAGAAAUAACUUAUAAAUGGAAUAGUACUGCUAUAAUCUAUCUAGCCAUAUUGUCUCUCUUAGUCUUUGCAAUUGGUCUCUGUGUAAGAUAGUCAGUCUGUAAGAGCCAAUAGGAAGUUUGGCACUCCACAGGGUAUGUCUUCACUGCAGAGUUAACUGGGGCUCUUACGCUGGUAUUGCCACUAUCUCCCUUCCAUCCAUACACAAACAGUCUCCCCAGAGUAUGGUGAUGUCUUAAACUCACACUGGCCCAUCUGGGGAUGUGGUUUAGAGCCUGGAUUCAGCUUUCACUAGUAACCUGCCCACUUUGCAUUGAGGAUGUGGGCUAACUCAUUUAGUGCUGAUAAUCCUUCAGUGCCUACCUAUAAGUCUGCCUGUGUGCCCACAAGGACACGAGUUCUUCCACAAUUCACUGAGAGAGAACGAGAGUGGCUCAAUUUACUGCAGCACAAAGAACCAUGGGAUAUGGCCCCAGAAGUCCUAGCAAUACACACUGCUGAAUGCAGCCCCAGUGAGGACUCAGUAACUCAGAUAUGGCUUUGCACUGUAGCUGCUCACACUCAGGCUAGGCCGAUCCAGAUGCUCAAACCCAGGUGUCAAGCACCCAAGUUAACUCUGCAGUGAAGCCAUACCUGUAGCAUCCUGCAUGGUGUGUGUCAGGGUUAAACUUCCUGAUGAAACGUCACCCUUUGUAGCACGCAGGCCCACUGCAAUGCCUGUUCACUCAGUCUUUGGCCUGAGGAGGUGGAUUCAGGUGAGUUGUUUCUGGGAUGGUGUCUUCAGGUUUUUUUGUUAGUCUAUCUUUUGUUAGUCUUUGUUAGAUUUGUGAGUAUAUGUUGUAGUUGUGCCUGGCAGUAUGAUCCGGUAUAUAUUAUGAACAGAAAAGUAUUUUCCACACUUUGGGGGGGAAAUACACGUCAAGUUAAUAAUAUAAUAGCUUUUCUUUCACAUCCGCUGCAUGGAAAACAGUUUUGAUACGUAGACAAAUGCGCUCAAUCCAGAGGUAACUAGAUGAAAUAUAAUGGCCUCUGAUAUACAGGGGGUCAGAGUGGAUGAUGUAAUGGCCUUAAAAAUCUAUUAAUCUAAAGCUAACAACAGGGAAGCUAUUGGAGUGAUCCCCUGCUCCAGUCGUUCAUGCAGUAUCAGUUUGAGAAGAUCACCUAGUUGGAAACACCUGGUGAGCUCAUGGCAGCUUUGUCAUUGUGCCACAGUAAAAAAAGCAGUGCGUAUUUGUAAUACAAGUAGAAAUCUUAACUUGCUGUUAGGUUUUUCUGUUGCUAUCAUGAUUCUGCAAAAACUGGAAAAACUGCAGUAACUUCCUGCAAUGGAAACAGCCCCUGACACACAACAAAGCAAAAGCGCUGUACACCUGCUCAGCAAUCCAGGCUCUCUGGAUCCAUUCCAUUUUUCAUUUUUAUUAAAUGAAUAGAAAAAUCUUCUGUUUUGUGGCAGCCUAAUAAACCCUAAUUUUGUGUAAGGCUGCCACUGCAGCAAAAAUAUUUGAAUCUCUCUCUCCUUCCAACAAUUACUUUCAACUUACAAAUCUGUGAUUCUUAGCAGGCAGCAAAUUGAUCUAUGUCAGCAAAAUCUUUCUGUCCAUCAAGUUGGAAAUGCAAGCACAUGGGCCAAUUCCACUUUUGUUAAUGGGCCACUUUUCUUAAUGAGAACAAAUGCAGUGAUAGAAUCUUGGAUAAUGUUUUCUCCCAUCACAAACAGAUAUAAAUCAGUGACCCAGGGUUCCUCCUCUUCUUGAGAGAUGGUAUGGGAUUGUGGAUACCUGGGAGAUAUUCUCCCUGCUUUCUGUAAGAGCUGCAGCUGUGGGGGCUUUCCCAAUCAUUUAGAUGACUAUGGCCCUGAUUCUGGAAAACAUCCCCACUCAGGAUUGCACUUAAUCAAUGCUUAAAGUUAAGUCACCUUGAAGGCUAAGGGAAUUUAUCAAGUGCUGAAAGUUAAGUGUGUGCUUUCUUGAAUCAGGGCCUUUAUGGGACUGGAACCAUGUGGUCACAGAGAAUUCCCAUAUGUCAGCUCUAUCAGAUGGAGGGAAAUUAAAGUUAGCAGCAGAUUGAACCUAGAUCUACUAGUAUUCCUUUAAAUGUAAAGCAGAUUCAUUUUUAGAAGGAUAGCGUUACAUGAUAAACAGGUAGGUCUACAGUUGAAUGAAAUGCGUUAAAACCAAAAGCACAAAAUGUAAUACGCAAUACACAACUGUGAUCAAAACCAUUUGAAAUUGUGCGCAUAUACUAAUAUGUUCGUGUCUCCAUAAACAUAGGUUUC